AUGAGCACGCAGAACCUCGAGGUGCGAGUCACAUCCUGGAAAGAUCCGGAUGGCGCGUUGCUACGCUUACGGCAGCUGGAAGAGACACUAUCCGAGUGGCCUGACGAGCCCAUACCUCCGGCGUCGUUGGAUCCUUUGCCUACAGUCGUCGUUCUCCUGAAAGAGGGCCGUGCUGUGGCGUGUGGUGGGCUGCAACCUCUCAGCACGAGAAUUGCCGAGCUCAGGCGAUUUUACGUUGUACCGGAGUGGCGUGGAAGGCAACAUGGCGUGUCAGAUUUCUUGCUCCAGCAGCUGGAGGAAGAAGCUUUGAAGCGAGGAUAUACGACCUUGACGUUGGAGCUAGGCAUUGAGCUACGACGAGCGAGAGCAUUUAGCGAAAGACAUGGCUUCGUGCAAAUCCCGCUAUAUGGACCGUAUAUCGGGGCGGAGGGGAUCUCCGUAUGCUACGAGAAAAAGCUGCUAAAUCCACCCUAG